AGCUGCGUGAGCUGGGCACAUUGACUUAAGCGGCUUUGUGGAGACACCGGGAGUAACUCACUGUAUAUCCCUCACGAGCAUAUCGAGACCACUAUGGCCGAUCAACUGACAGAAGAACAGAUUGCUGAAUUUAAGGAGGCUUUCUCCUUGUUUGACAAAGAUGGUGACGGUACCAUCACAACUAAAGAACUUGGGACAGUUAUGAGAUCUCUUGGUCAGAACCCAACCGAGGCUGAGCUUCAAGAUAUGAUCAAUGAAGUAGAUGCUGAUGGCAAUGGAACAAUUGACUUUCCAGAAUUCCUUACCAUGAUGGCAAGAAAAAUGAAAGAUACAGACAGCGAGGAGGAAAUUCGUGAGGCAUUCAGAGUUUUUGACAAGGACGGCAAUGGUUACAUUAGUGCAGCAGAGCUCCGCCAUGUAAUGACUAAUCUAGGAGAAAAAUUAACAGAUGAAGAAGUAGAUGAAAUGAUCAGGGAAGCAGAUAUAGAUGGUGAUGGCCAAGUCAACUACGAAGAAUUCGUACAGAUGAUGACCGCAAAAUGAGGCCUCUUCACCUUUUCCCCCUCUAGAAGAAUCAAAUUGAAUCUUUUACUUACCUCUUGCAAAAAUGUUCAUUUACUCAUUCUGUUUCUGUAUAGCAAAACUGAAUGUCAAGAAAUAACCUUGUCCACAAAAAAAAUCUGCAUGUAAUGGUUGGUGGUCCUGUUUCCAAAAAGAUCAGUCUAAACAUCAGUUGUACAGUAUAUAAAUACUUGUACUAUCUUACAACAAGGAAGCACUUGGCGGACUCCUUACGUUCCGUUUGCUAAUGAUUACUCCACUGUUUGGGCUGGCCAGUUUUACAUGCAUGCAGCUUGACAAUUGAGCACAGUCAGACCUUUGUAUUUAAAACCUAAAAA